CCCGAGCGCGUGGGGAUGGAGCCGGGCGCGGCGCCGGGCCCGAGCGGCUCUUCGACUCGCACCGGUUGCCGACCGACGGGUUCCUGCUGCUGGCGCUGCUGCUCUACGCGCCCGUGGGGCUCUGCCUGCUCGUCCUCCGCCUCUUCAUCGGCCUGCACGUCUUCCUGGUCAGCUGCAUCCUGCCCGACAGCGUCGUGCGGCGGUUUAUUGUACGUGUGAUGUGCUCAGUGCUGGGAUUGUUUGUGCAGCAAAGCGAUCCCCAGCUUCGCGACGUCAGUGUGCAGGUGUACAUUGCCAACCACGUGACACAAUUCGACCACAAUGUCAUCAACCUCCUGACCUCAUGUAAUACGCCUGCGUUGAAUGGUGCUCCUGGCUUCAUCUGCUGGUCACGGGGGUUCAUGGAGUUGGGAGUGACAGGCAGCCGAGCAGAGCUGGUGGAUUCCCUGAAGGCGUAUUCGUCGCACAGAGAGAACCCGCCGCUGCUGCUCUUCCCAGAGGAGGCUGCCACCAACGGCCGGGCCGGCUUGCUCCGCUUCAGCUCUUGGCCGUUCUCGAUCUUGGAUGUGGUGCAGCCAGUUGCCCUACAGGUUCAGAGGCCUUUGAUCACCGUGAGUGUGGCUGACUCCUCCUGGAUUACAGAGCUGCUCUGGACCUUCUUUGUUCCCUUCACAGUUUAUCAAGUAAGGUGGAUGCCGUCUGUCCCCAGACGAGCUGAAGAACUGAGUGAGGAUUUUGCGCUCCGAGUUCAGGAGCUCUUGGCCAUGGAGCUGGGUGUGGUAUCCACACGGCUCACUGCAGCAGAUAAAGCUGAACACAUGAAGAGGCUGAGACACACGUCGCUUCUCCGCUUUGCCCCAGCCUCGAGCCAGCCUUUGGCAGCCAGGCCCACGUUGCCUUCCAGCCUGCCUGGCGUUGGGUCCUUUGCUCCUGAGGAUGUGCGGAUCACAGCAAUGGCUCAGCGGGUCAAGGAGGUGCUGCCUCAUGUGCCUCUGGAGGUCAUCAGGACAGACCUGGCCCAAACAAACUGCGUGGACACCACCAUUGCCAACUUGCUGGAGGGGAGAGCGCCCUUCUUCCCUGAAAGUGAGGCUGGUGCUGACCUGCCUGCCCCGUCUACCUCCCAGGCUGCAGCUGCUUCUGGCAUCCAGGGCUCCGUAGCUGUGCCUUCUUCCAAGCCAGCUACAAAGCAAUUCGCAAAGUCCCCGGUGGAGCGGCAUCUGUCCUUGCAGGAGCGGAAACGAGCGCUGUACGAUUAUGCCAGGAGGAUCUACAUUGGGAAGCGGCUGGCAGCCUCCUCAGCAAACCCGCUGUGAGGAGCCGAGCUCGGCGAGGGACAGGCGGCUCUGCCACUCUGUUCAGCACGGAGGGAGCCCAGGCACCGGUGCAGCCACUCUGCUCGCAGACAUCGUGUUGGUGGCACGAGGCGCCGUCUCUCCGUGUUCCUUCUUUACCCCAGCCUGGGGAGCCAGUCCGUGCCCUCCUUCGUAGCCAGGAACCCGCCGAUGGCAGCUUCCUGCCGCAGGCAGCCCCGGCCCUCCCCUCCCCUGGGUGUGGGUUUGGGUUCCUGCUGUUUAAUACAGAAGACUGUAAAUGUGGCUCCUGAGCCUGCAACGCCACGGGGAAAUAAAAAGCCCGGCACAGCCCCGCAGGCAGAGUGGCGA